AUGCAGCCUCCUCGCCUCCUCCUUCUCCUCUUCCUUCUCCUCCUCAUCCACAGGAUCCGGGCAGAUCCAGAGGGAUCUUUUAAACUACAUGUUUUCCAAACCUACAUCUUCCACAAUGAUGACUUUGUAGACAUUUCAGUCUGGGCCACUCUGGAGGACAUUGUCUUUGCUACCAUGCAUAAAUACAGCCAGGACAUCCUCUACCUUCAUCCAUGGGUCUACCCAGCCCUGCCUGCAGACGAGUGGGAGAACCUGCGAAACCUGUUUGGUAUCUACAUCAAAAACUUCAUCCUGUCCGUUUCCAGUGAUGCCAGGCUGUACCAGACACCCUACCCCUUUGUGUUCCAGUGCGCAGCUGGCUGUGACUUGUAUCCCAAUGGCUCCUAUACCAAAUUCUACCAUCUUGCCUACAAUGCCCACGACUUCCUCAGCUUUGACACAGACAACAGACAGUGGGAGAGGCAGCAGGAGAGUGAGCUGGCAGCACAAGUUCAGAAACAGUUCAACAGUUUCACAGGCUUCUCUGCAACCCUGCAGCACCUUCUCAAUAUCACCUGUGUUGACCACAUGAAGAAACUUAUCAAGUAUGGGAGGGCAGAUCUAGAGAGACAAGAGCUGCCUGUGGCUACAGUCUUCGCCCGCACACCCAGCCCAGCCCAGCUUCUGCUGGUUUGCCACAUCACCGGCUUCUACCCACGGCCCAUCAGCGUGGCCUGGCUGCGGGAUGGCCAGGAGGUGCCACCGGGCCCAGCGCUCAACACCAGUGCCAUCCUGCCCAAUGCCGACCUCACCUACCAGCUCCGCAGCGUCCUGUCUGUGGCCCCUGGUGAUGGGCACAGCUACGCCUGCCGCGUGCGCCACCGCAGCCUGGGCACCCGCAGCCUCCUCAUCCCAUGGGGUAGGUCCCACCCACGGAGAUGGGAUGCAGGGUGGAGGCAGAGAACCCUGGCCCCAUGCAGGUGCCUGAAGGAUGGAAGCUCCAAGGUAGCUUCCAGCAUUGGCAUCACCAUCGUGGUGCUGCUGACUGUGGCUGCAACCCUCGCUGGGGCUGUAAGGCUCUACAGGCGCAG